AUGUCCCGUCCUCUUCGGCUCAUGCUGCCGCUCAGGCUGAGCCCGUUGAUGUUUUUGAUUUUUCGGAACCCUUUGAUCCUAUUACUAAUAUUCUUACUGGGGGGUUCUCGUGUCUUUCUUCCACCUCGUUCAGAUUUUCCUUCAGCUGUUCCGCUUCGAGUUGCCUUUCCUUCGACAUCUACUUCUGCUCCAAGGGUGGCUUCCUUGCCUGUUGACCCCAUGGUGACGCUUAUGGGUCAGAUGUCUACUUUAGUCGCGCAGCAGGCUCGUAUGAUGGCAGAGAUCACGCAGUUACAUGCUUCUUCGGAGCAUCAGUCUGCUGAGCUUUCUUCAUUUCGACAUGCUCUAUCAGUGUGUCAGCGUCAGUUGCGUUGGAUUCGUGAUCGAUUGGAUGAGAGCUCGAGUGAUGAGACUAGUGAUGAGUCACCGAGUCAACUUGAAUCAAAACAAGUUCCAAAGAUUGACGAAAGGGAGAAUAGAGCAACUUUCUUAUAUAUUGGAAGAAUUCCACAUGGAUUUUAUGAGAAUGAAAUGGAAGGUUUCUUUAAGCAAUUUGGUACAAUCAAGAGACUCAGAAUAGAAAGGAAUAGGAAGACAAGGAAAUCGAGGCAUUUUGGAAUCGUUGAAUUUAAAUCUCCUGAGGUUGGAAAAGUCAUUUCAGAAUUCAUGCAUAACCACUUAUUGUUUGAGCAUCUGUUGCAAGUUCUGCUUGUUCCUACUGAGUGUGUUCAUCCAAAACUAUGGAAAGGUAUGACGCACCGGUACAAACCCUUGGAUUGGGUUAAAAUUGAAAGGAGUCAUCAUGAUAAGGAAAGGAGUUUGGAAGAGCACAAGAAGUUUGUAGAAAGAAUUAUGAAAACGGACCAGAGAAGGCAAAAGAGGAUUGAGGCCUCUGGUAUUGAUUAUGAUUGUCCAGAAAUUAUUGGAAACCAGCCUACCUCAAAAAAGAUUAGUUUGACGCAGAGUAGGCUUUGCAUUGGAAACCAGAAGUAUGCCCCUUUGAAAUUGAACGUGCGUUUCUGUCUGCUACUGGAUUUCAGUGCAGUACUUCGAACGCACGUUUAGUAAGUUCUAAAUUAGACCAAGAACAGAGCACAUGUUACAGCAAAACAUCAUAUGACAAUAUAAUUCCAUCUCAAAUAUCAAUCAUUGCAAAAAA